AAAUCUCUGAGCAAAUGCAAGCGGAGGGAGGAGAAUCGUGGGUGGGCCGGACGAGCAGCUAAGAGGGUGCAUCCCUGCUGCAGCCGGCGUGCUGGGCCUGCCCUGUCGCCCGUGCGCCGCAUCCAGAGCCGGCGGGCACCGUGCUGCAAGCAAGCCCUGCUCAGGCGGCGCGCAGUGGCCUCGCUGCCCCCAGCUCGUGCUUCGCCUCCCUGGUCUGUGCCGCCCAGGCCGCGCUCGCGAGCCGCCGCCGCCAUGCGAGCAGCGCUGCUGGCUCUCUGCGCCCUGCAGCUGUGCCCAGCUGUGCGCGGCGGGCGGGGGCGCCCGCAGGUCGUGGUGGAGCGGAGCGGGGCCGGGAAGCUGAGGAAGGUCGGAGGCUUCUCCUGGGAGAACUGUGGUGAUGGGAAGGAUCCAGUGGUGCUCCAGAGCCUCUCCGUGGCGCCGGACCCCAUCACCAUCCCGGGGCACCUGCGGAUCAGCGUCGCCAUCAACAGCAGCAAGGCGCUGACCUCCCCGCUGAAGGUGAUUGUGGUCAUGGAGAAGGCGCUGGGCGAUUUCUGGGUCCAGCUGCCCUGCAUUGAACAGCUGGGCAGCUGCACCUACAGCGACAUCUGCGCCAUGCUGGACAACCUCAUCCCUCCGGGGAUGACCUGCCCGGAGCCCCUCCUCACCUACGGCAUCCCUUGCCACUGCCCCUUCAAAGCGGGCUCCUACUCGCUGCCAGCCAGAGACUUCCUGCUGCCUGACAUCCAGCUGCCCUCCUGGAUGACCAAUGGCAACUACCGCGUCCGCACAGCCAUCAGCAACAACGGGGAGGAGCUCGCCUGCGUCAGGCUGACCUUCUCCCUGCAGGAGCAGUGAGGGGCCGGGGGUCUCACCCCUGCCCGACGCCCCCUCCGCCGUUCCCCGAGGCGCGCGCCCUGGCACCCACUGCGGCCCACCCUCACUCCACUCCCCCCACUGCCGUUCCCGCUCCAGCCCCCCACCUUGGCCCUCCUCUUGCUCCUGAAACGAAACACCGACCUCCAAGGCAAGGGGAGGGAGAGCCUUUGGGUGGGCUGGCGAGGCGCCGGUCCCGGGACGUGUCCCCGAUUCCUGCUGCUUUAUGUCCCCCCCAUCCUGGUGAACAGAGAAGGGCCCCCAGCUGUCCCGCUCCACCCCAGAGCCACCACCAGCAUCCCCUGCCAGGGCAAAGCCGUCCUCGAGCACCCCCAGCCUUUCGGAGGGGACGGGGGCAGGGCAGUGAUUUUUUACCUGUUUUCAAUUCUUUUUCUCUUAAUCCCAUCAGGGGAAUUUUAGACAAAAGCAUUCCAGGGAAAAGCAACCCGUAUUUCUUGAAAGAAGAAGGGAGGGAGCAUUUGGAAAGGGAGUGUUGGGAUUUGCCUGGGGGCUGUCUCAUGCCUCCGGCCCCCAGGCAGGCUGGAGGGUGCAGGAUUAGCUACAAGGGUGCCCCCCACUCGCCCCUACCUCCUCCGGCCGGGCCACGACGUGCAGAAGCAUCCACGAGAGACCCGUCCCCAGAACGGCAGCUCCGGGUCCCCUUCCAGCAAAUCCCCCCCCCCCCCCCCCCCCCCCCGUGCGCGGGGCCAGCUCCGGAGACGACCCUGCUGAAAGCAGCCACCCCUGCGAGGGAGAAGGAACUGAAAACACGUAACCCCCGAGCGGCCUUCGCGCUCUCAGGGUACCGCAUGACUCACGCUGCUCCUCACGGGGGGAGAGGAGUCCGGACGCCGCCGGCUCCCGCGCUGCGGGGCAUGACUACGGCAGGCGGCUGGGGCACAGCCUCACCGAGGACGCGUCCUCCUCAUCUCCUUUUCAAGCCCUAACUCCGGCAAGGGUGAACGUUUUAACCACAGCCUCUACGGAGCUGCUUCUUGAAGGCGCUUGCACGCAUCGGUGCACGUGCUUGUGGCGGGCAAAGCAUGCAGCCUCUCCCACACCGCAGCACGCACCCGUUGCCCUUGGAAAUGGGCUGAAAUGAGUGUUUUCCACAGGCUGGGGUGAUGCAAAACACAGUUUAGUACCUACCCCACGAGCUUUGCUGGGGAGGCUGCGCAGAUCUGCCCCAGCAGCCGCGGGGGGGGGUUGUUCUGAACUGUUUAUUUAUUGCAGCCCCUUGACAUCGGUGAGCGAAACUUGUUUCCCACAGCACCGGGCCCCUUGGCUGCAGAAGGUCAGCCCCUGACUCCAUCCCUCGGGUGACCGGAUGGACGUCCACCAUGCAGCCAAAACGCCGGCAUCCCUCACUGGACAAACGCGCAGCCGGUGAUGUGGCAGGCAUGUGUAUGCGCUGGAUCGCCCCGUGCUGCCAGCCGGUCCCCCCUCCGUGACCGCUGUGUGCUCCUGCCCAUGGCGGCAGGCGGGCAGCGCCAUCCUGGGCGCGCGGGGGACGCCACGGGGGGGCUGCGUGCGGGGCAGGCUGCCGGUCCCAUCCCACCACUCGGAGGGCUGGCUGGGACCAGGGGGUGGCCCUUGAAGAACAGCAGCCUGCUCGGGUGGCCUUCAGCCGCGGCGCAGCUCCUCCCAUCUGGCUGCUGAGCCUCCGAUCACCUUAUUUAGUAUUUCUGUCUGGUCUUCCUCGAGCGCUUCGUAUGCCUUCGCUCCUGCGCGCUGCCCUGGCAGAGAGCGGAGCCCAGGCUGUGGGUGCUCUGCAAGGCUCCCAGCACCUUUUUGCACCCUGAGCUUGUGCCACUUCAUACGGCCACUGCCUUCGGCUGGGAUUUGUUUUGCCUAGAGAAGUGCUAACCAACCCACCCGCUGCUUCGCUGCUUCGCUGCUCAGCGCGCCCGCCAAGGAGGCACCUCCUCUCGGGCAGCCACUGCAGGUUCUUAAUAAAUCUUUUUCCCUGAAAAUUGCA